AUGUGCCCAAAGUCUGAUAAGCAGAACGACCAUCCUAUCCCUGAACCAUAUCUUGAAAGGUGUCCUGAAUGGAAAGAUUUAUCUUGUUGCCCACCAACAACCGCUAACUUAAUCAACAACGAAUCCCUUCAUGGAUUCAAUUUUAAUUUCUGUAACAUAACAAAAGGAUGUAAGGAUUUUUUUCUCCACGAACACUGCAUGGUUAAAUGUUCUCCACAUUUGGGACCUUGGAUUGUUAAGACCUCAAGUUCUAAGUUCAAGGAAAACGUUUUCAAAAUCCCGCUUUGUGAAAGUGAUUGUAAUAAAUGGUAUGAAGCUUGCAGCAGCUCAACAGCGUGCGCUACAAAUUGGAGAUCUGGUGGAUUUGACUGGUCUUCGGGAACAAAUCAAUGUCACGAGGGAUACAAAUGCCUUCCAAUCUCAAACAUUUACGGCUCAGCAAAAGCUUUUUGUGAGAAAGUAUUUGAUAACUCCUAUUCUGUCAUACAAAGCGAUUCAGUUGCUGACUGGAACGUAACGGAUUAUCACUGCAUGCACAUUCCAGGGAUCGCGGAGCGCGAUACAGCCGAGAUCAUCAAGCACAACGCAGAAGUAGCAAAACGCCAAGCUGAAGUUAUUAUCGAGCGUGUUUACGGAGACUAA